CCACUUAUUUAAACCACAACCACCUCUACUUUUAGUUAUCACUUAUCAGAAGUAGCACCUGCUCUGUGUGCGUCUCUCUCUUCUUCCUAACCCUCUUCCUAUACAGCCUCCCUAUCUCUCUCUCUCUCUCUCUUUUCCUCCUCCUUCCCUUUGCUCGUCCUAGUAGAACCACAAAAAUGAGUAAUUUAGACAUCAAAAAUCUCACAUUAAUGCUUCUCAUUGUUAUACUCCUUUGGUCUACAAAUUUUGAUGCGUGCAAUGCUAGAAGAGGCAGGCAUUAUAGUAGACCUCUUUCAGCCUCAUUGCUAAAAAAGAAAAGUAAAGGUCAUGGAUAUCACAGCCACAAUCACCACCACAGCAGUAAACCAAAGCCAAAACCUCAUUCUCCAACAAAGCCGAGUCCAGAUGUGGACACGCCAUCGCCAUUGCCUCCACCAAUUCAGAAAGCUCCAUACUAUAAAAGGUCGCCUCCUAAAGCCAAGUCACCACCAAAUCCUACACCAAUAGUGGAAGUUCCAUCACCAGAACCAAAGGGUUCCAACAUUUUCAGUGUGCUUGAUUAUGGAGCAAAAGGUGAUGGUACUAGUGAUGACACUAAGGCAUUCCAAGAUGCAUGGGCAUCAGCUUGUAAAGUUGAGUCAUCAACGAUGUUGAUUCCAUCAGGAUAUCAGUUCCUUGUGGGACCCAUUUCAUUCUCUGGUCCUUACUGCCAGCGAAACAUUAUUUUUCAGCUUGAUGGGACUAUCGUCGCUCCAACAAGUCCCAAUGCUUGGAAAUCUAACCUGAUGUGGUGGAUGGACUUCACAAAACUGGUAGGAAUUACCAUACAGGGGAAGGGCGUCAUUGAUGGAAGUGGCUCUGUUUGGUGGACAGACGCUCCAUACGAUGAAUCGGAAGAUCAUGAAUUGGAAAUGAUUAUCCCCUUAAAUGACACAAUCUUAGAAAAGCCCCCAAUGCCGGUGAGAAGUGAGCUCAGCGGGAAAAUGCCAAGUGUCAAGCCAACGGCACUAAGGUUUUACGGAAGCAUUAACGUGACGGUCACAGGAAUAACACUUCAAAACAGUCCUCAAUGUCAUCUCAAGUUCGACAAUUGUAAUGGAGUCUUGGUUUAUUCAGUGACUGUAUCAUCACCAGGUGACAGUCCUAAUACUGAUGGAAUCCACCUCCAAAAUUCCAAAGAUGUGCUCAUUCACUCCAGCAGCCUUGCCUGUGGUGAUGAUUGUAUAUCCAUACAAACAGGAUGCUCGAAUGUAUACAUACACAGUGUAAAUUGCGGACCUGGACAUGGCAUCAGUAUUGGGAGUCUGGGAAGGUAUAACAGUAAAGCAUGUGUCUCAAAUGUCACUGUCAGAGACGUAAACAUGCAUGGCACGAUGACUGGAGUCCGCAUAAAGACAUGGCAGGGUGGUUCAGGAUCUGUGAAAGGUGUGACAUUUUCAAACAUUCAAGUUAAUGAAGUUCAGCUUCCAAUAGUAAUAGACCAAUAUUAUUGCGACAAAAGCACAUGCAAGAAUCAAACGACGGCGGUUGCUGUAUCAGGUGUCACGUUUCAAAAUAUUAAAGGCACGUACACCGUAAAGCCUGUACAUUUAGCAUGCAGUGAUGAACUACCAUGCACAGACAUAUCAUUAAAUACCAUACAACUAAAGCCACUGCAAGAACGGUAUCACUUAUAUGAUCCUUACUGCUGGAACUCAUAUGGUGAACUUAUGGCUCCUAUUGCCCCUCCACUUGGAAAUUUUCAAAUAGGAAAGCCAUUGAAGAGCAAGGUUCAGAUUGAUGUUGAUAUAUGUUGAUGACAUCAUAACUACUCGUAAAGUACUCCAAUAUCCUUUUGUGGUUGGUCAGAUGAUUGUUUGUCCUGACCCUUUUCACACUAUUGGCUAGAUAGCUAAAGAGUAUAUAGAUUAAUUUUAGUAGGUUGAAGAACCCUGCUUAGUGGGGUUAUUUCAGUUACAAACCAGUGUGAUUAUUGCUUACCAGGCACUGUCAUUUUUCCGGGCAUUGUCCCAGUGUAAGAUAUUACGUAAAGCUUCAUAUAGAUGUUCGAUAAAUAAUUAUUCA